GGAAGACCACGAGAAACCUUCAGAAACUUAAAAUGUGGACCCUUCGAAUAUUUUCGCUAAUUGUAUCGCUCCAGUACCUUUCAUUAGCUGCGGAUUCCGUCCAACAGAAGUUUAUACGAGGGCCCGAAGACAAGACCGUCAUUCUAGGAGAAGACGUGCUUCUACCGUGUCGAGUUGAGAAUAAAGUUGGAAUGUUACAGUGGACACGAGAAGGGUUCGGGCUCGGUUCGGAUCGGGAACUGAUAGGAUUUCCUCGAUAUACUAUGGUUGGAAAUGAUGAGGAAGGAGACUUCUCUCUGCAAAUUAUUAACGCUCAGCUAGAUGACGAUGCCGAGUUUCAGUGUCAGGUCGGAGCCGCCGAGGGCGUCAAAGGGAUUAGAUCCAAAACUGCAAUGAUAACAGUAACAGUACCACCAGAACCACCAAAAAUUGUGCAAGGCCCUUUUCUUUUGACCACAGCUGGGAAAUCUGUGCAACUCACCUGUGAGGCCCACGCCGGUAAACCCCCAGCAGAGCUUUCCUGGCUUGGCGGAGAUGGAGACGUAGUUACAACGAACACCGAGUAUGAAACUCAAGAACUGAACGACGGAAAGCGAGCUAAUGCUAUCCUCAGGUGGGAAUUUACGCCAACACGAAAACACCACUUGAAAAAUUUCACCUGUCGGUCUGAAAAUCCAGCUCUGAAACAGCCAGCUCUUACUACGAUACGCAUGGAAGUAAAAUAUGCUCCGGAAGUAAAGCUUACGGUAUUUAGUGAAAGUAUUGCAGAAAAUGACGAUGUCCAGCUGACUUGUGAAGUUGAGGCUAACCCUGCAGAUGUAAUUUAUAAGUGGUACAGGAACAACGAGAUAAUCGCUGGCGAUCACACGACUCAUCUCCUCCUCAACCGAGUUAGUCGAGAGUAUAACAUGAACAACAUUACUUGCGAAGCCAGCAAUUCAGUUGGAAACACCAAGUCUACAAAAACACUUAAAGUGUUGUAUGGUCCCAAAAUUAAAACGUUCACAGACAACAUAGCUGCAGACAUCGGGGGAGAGGUCUGCCUGAGCUGUGACGCUGAUGGUAACCCUAACCCUGAAAUAGCGUGGCUGCAUGAAGAGUCCAGUAGUAUCGUAGGAUUUGGACCACAGCUCGUCAUCUCAGAUAUUACACCUAAAAAGGCGGGAAAAUACACAUGCAGAAUCACAGUACCAGGUUUUCCAGAGAUUUCGACAGAUGUAAUGGUCUACAUUAAAGGUCCACCAACUGUGAAGGCGAAACCUGUACAGUACGGAGAGAUGGGCCAAAAAGUCGAAGUAGAGUGUAGUAUUUAUUCGGUGCCAAGUCCUGCUCGAAUAACGUGGACAAAAAACUCUCAGGUGGUGGAGAUUGAUAACACACAUGGAUACGAGAUCGUGACACAGCCCCUGGCAGACGGUGUGCGAAACCUUCUUAUAAUUCAUAACGCCGAAAAAAGCGACUUUGGCACCUAUAACUGUUCGGUGUGGAACGACUUCGGGCAUGACAGUAUGCUGAUCUCAUUAAAGCGCCAAGAGCACCUUCCAACUCUAAUCGUGAUUGCAGGAGUAAUAGGAGGAAUAUUCUUCGUCGUUUCUCUCACGGUUUUAAUAAUCUUAUGCCUUCGCAAGAAAUCACUUUCCAAGGGAAAAGAGUUUGGAUCAGAAAAGCAGGGAAAACCCUCGGACACGGUAUCCUCACGAGGGUCGGAUCUCGAAGUCGAAAUUCGUACGACGUCUUCGUUGCCGAAUGACAAUGAUCGAUGUUGGGAUGAGGCAAGUGACACAGGAACACAAGAUUAUCACAAAUAUUCUGAGUCAAGUAGUCGCCCUCCCAGUGUAGAAAUCCAGAGAACGAACGGAUAUGGCCCUUACAUGGACUACGCAGCGAGAACCCCCGGAGUUGUGAGUCGGACAUCCUACUAUGUGGACGAAACCGGUUUCCUCAGUAGCAGGCGGCAGCAAGGGCACUCUAAUUCAUAUAUAGGUAGCUCCCAUCCAGAUCUUCUUCUUCCUCAGAGAGCCCACGUCAGCUCCCGAGACAGAAUGUACAGUCCAACGUUUUCUUCACAGCACUACAUAACCGUACUUCCUAGUCAAGUUGGCUUUAGAACAGACGCGUUAGCUACGAACGUGUGAUGAACUGGGUGUUAGCGUACUGUGAAAAUGAAACGUUUGUAGUUAUACGGUGAAAACUAAAGAUAACUAUUUCGUCGUACUAUGAU